AUGAUUACCGACGAAUCGAACGAUUCUCACGAAAACAAACGAGUAAAAAUCACAACGGCAUGCGAUACUUGCCGUCGGCGAAAAGUUAAAUGCGACGGUGCUACUCCAUGUACCAAUUGCGGACGAGGAGGAUAUCAAUGUAAUUUUUCUGACGCUUCAACCAAACGACCUAGAGGCCCACCUAAAGGAUUCGUUGCACUCAUAGAAGAUAGACUACAUACUAUAGAAUCUUUGUUGGUCAAUCUUACUAAAGAUAAGACACCAAACACACCACCAGCCGAUGUAAAUUCUCAACCAAUUAAUUUUACUAUUCCUGGGGAUCAGAGUAGCGAUGACGAAGAUGAUUUGGAAAAGAAUUCAUCAAGUUCUAUCACCAAUAAUUAUCAGGAUAACACUUUGUAUUUGCAACCUGCUUCACAAUCAGAACCAGAGCUACCAAGUUCUUUACCACAAAUUAAUCCUCCACCACAAGAUGUUGUGAAUCAACUUCUGGACAAAUUUUUCACACAUUUUCAUCCGUUCUUCCCAAUAAUAAAUCGAACACAACUAUACCGGCAGUUGCAAAGUACUGAUGAUCAGCCAUCACCAUUACUCAUGUAUGCCAUUUAUGCUGUUGGUGCUUUAUAUCCACCAAUAUUACAGGAUUCUUAUAGUCCAAUGACAUUCUACGAACAUGCAAAAAGUUUGUUGGAUCAUUUCCUCGAUGCUCCAAGACUAUCCACAGUGCAAGCUUUGAUCUUAUUAUGCAUGGUCGAUCAAGGAAAAACUUCGUCUUAUCGAUCACAAUCUUAUUCUUUCAUGGCUAUUCGCAUGGCUCAAAGCAUGAGACUUAAUCGAAAAAAUAGUGCUAUCUACCAACAGAGCAGGAAUAAACAUACUAAGAAAUUAGUUUGGUGGUCUUGCUUUAUCCUCGAUCGAUUACACAGUCUAUCAACAGGGGAUCCCUUAACAAUUAAUGAAGAAACUUGUGACAUUGAACUUCCAUUGGCAGACGAAGUAGAUGAUCAAUCAGGCGAAUUACAACAAACUCCUCAUAACACAUCACAUGCACAAACUGUGAUGAUGUUUGUGCAUUUUAUUCGAUUGACGCAGUUAAUGGGACAGAUAAUCAAUUAUCUUCAGACGAUAGCAUGCACGGAUAUUUCAACAUCUUUGGCUCACCAUAAUAUGAUCUCUUAUUAUGAAGCAGCGCUUUUGAGCUGGAUUCGUGACUUACCUCCGUACCUGCAAUUCCCACCCGCAGGCCACGGUAUCCCGCCUGCUGGUCAAAUUGCAGCUCUUCAUAUGCAUUAUCAUACGCUGAAGAUUAUGUUGCAUUAUCCUUACAUUGCUUCGCGGUCGACUAGUCCACAAGUGUCGAAAACUUACCUCAAAUCUUUGAAUGCAUGCGUCAAUGCAGCUAACAUGAUUUCACAUAUUAGUGCUGUGUCAUUAAAUAAUGUGUAUGUGUGCAUAACAUAUCCAACCAUGUUUCAUUGCUUGGCGCAAGCGGCGAACGUUCAUAUUAUCAAUAUUAAUUCUGCAAAUAAAGGUUUAGCUUCUCACGCGUAUGCUAACAUCUAUAAGACAAUCAAUGUUGGUCAAUUCUAUGCCGAGCAUGGAGUAAUGUCAGAGUUAGCUAAUCGAACGAUCAAAACAUUAGAGGGUGUUUUAAUAGCACAUCGAGAUCCAUAUAUUGAAACAGUUAUCCCUUCAACCGCAACCACUGUGUCUUCAAAUAUACCCCACAUCAGAGUAUCCUCAACAUCGUCCAGUACAAUGUUUGCACCACUACCUCUAGCAUCUGAUCAUUCUCUUUCGACGCUUACAACUCCCGUUAUCUCGUUUGGUCCAUACUCUUCUCCUGCGUCAACACAUUUGAGCAGUCCGACGAUAGGUUCCAGUUCUCAAUCUCCUAGCAUUCAACAUACUCCCACGAUCACUUAUAUUCAACAAUCUCCUUCACAUAUACAAAAAGCGACUCAGGCCUUCCUUCCAGAUACAGUUCCUCCCUUCGGAUCGGAUGAAUAUUUCGACCCAACUGUUUCCUCGACCAACAUGAUAGCAGCAGUAUCUGAUUUAGGCCAAGAACAUAAUUCAUGUUGGAAUAUGAACAUGAAUUUCUCUGGAUCUCAAUCCAAUCUUGUGCAUAAUAGUUAUGAAUUGGCAAGUUCAGCGUCAUCAUCGAGUUGCUAUUCAUCGCCGUAA